AUAAAAGCACUCUCUCCUUCUCUUCCUCCUUUUUCACUUUCUUUCCCCAUUAAAAGACUCGUUUGAUGCAAACAAAGCCAUGACAUAGCGCGGGGAUAAAUCUCUUCUCCUCCGACAUCACCCGCCAAAUCUUCAUCAACAAUGGCGGCCUGAAGAAGAAGAAAAAAAAAACGAUUCUUUUCAUUCCUUUCGCUCUCUCUCUCUCAUGCCUCGAAACGACGUAGCUUCUCAGUGAGGAAGAUGAUGAACUUUUUUAUCUUCUCUGUUUUGUUCGCUUUUGGUUUCUUUUCGCUCUCUGCCGUCGCCGCACAGGAUCCGCUUAAGCUCAUAUUAGGCUCACCUAAUUUCGGAUCAUGGAAAGGAGCAAUCUCAACAGACUCGUUAGCACCAGGACCUUCAGCUGAUCCCUCUGAUUACCUCCUCUUGGCAGCUCACAGAACCAAGAGACCUGACAUUCUCACUGCCUUUAAGCCUUACCGUGGUGGCUGGAACAUCACCAACAAUCACUACUGGGCUUCUGUUGGGUUUACAGGUGCUCCUGGUUUCAUCCUAGCUGCUGUCUGGAUCUUGUCUUUUGGCUCUCUUCUCGUUGUGUACCAUUGCUUCAAAUGGAGGGUCUGCGAGAAAGCUAAAGGAUCAUCAUACAAUUCAAGAAGAAUCUGUCUCAUCUUGUUGAUAGUCUUUACCUCUGCUGCUGCGAUGGGAUGCAUUCUAUUGUCUGUUGGACAGAAUAAGUUUCAUACUGAAGCUUUGGAUACUCUUAAGUUUGUUGUAAACCAAUCAGACUACACUGUGGGGACCUUACGGAACGUGACUCAGUAUCUUUCCCUUGCGAAAACGAUUAACGUGACAAGCCUUUCCGUUCCACCUAAUGUAUUGGGUGAGAUCGAGAACCUAAACGUCAAUCUGAACGCUUCAGCAACGACGAUACAAGAGAAAACAACGGAUAAUGCUGCUAAGAUUAAGAGAGUCUUCUACGCUGUGCGAUCGGCUUUAAUCACUGUGGCUACUGUGAUGCUCAUCCUCUCCUUUCUUGGUCUUUUGCUUUCUGUCCUACGCCAUCAACACGCUAUUCACAUAUUCGUUGUGAGCGGGUGGAUACUGGUGGCUGUGACAUUUGUUCUCUGCGGAGUCUUUCUGAUCCUUAACAAUGCAAUUACAGAUACGUGUGUAGCAAUGAAGGAAUGGGUAGACCACCCUCACGCGGAAACAGCUCUAAGCAGCAUCCUCCCAUGCGUCGACGAGCAAACAACAAACCAAACCCUCUCACAGAGCAAAGUCGUCAUCAACAGCAUCGUCACCGUCGUGAACACCUUCGUCUACGCCUACGCCAACACAAACCCAUCCCCAGGCCAAAACUUCUACUACAACCAGUCCGGACCUCCCAUGCCACCUCUCUGCAGCCCCUUCGACUCCAACAUGGAAGACCGAGAGUGCGGCUCCUGGGAGCUGUCGAUAGCAAACGCGUCCUCGGUCUGGGAGAGCUACGUGUGCGAGGUGGCUGGAGAUGUGUGCACGACGGUGGGGAGAGUGACGCCUGAUAUAUACAAGCAGCUUGUGGCGGCUGUGAACGAGAGCUACGCGUUGGAGCAUUACACGCCGCGGUUGCUUAGCUUCAGGGACUGUAACUUCGUGAGGGAUACGUUCGAGAGCAUUACCUCGGAGUACUGUCCGCCGUUGGAGCGUGAUCUGAGGGUUGUGAACGCGGGGCUGGGGAUGAUCUCUGUUGGAGUGUUGCUUUGUCUUGUGCUGUGGGUGUUCUAUGCGAACCGCCCCCAAAGGGAGGAGGUGUUUGCGGAUCCACCACCACGGCCUCAGAUGAAGGACCAUCGUAAUGGUGGCUUAGAUAAUGGUCAUCACUCAGGUGGUGAUGAGACUAAGCGUUAUGCGGAAGUGGUGUAGUAUAAUACAAGGUAUAGAGAGAUAGGUAGUAGAAUCAUUGUAUUGUAUUUUCAUAUAUAAAAAAAAAGAUAGAGAAUAAAGUCGUUGUGUAUCUCCUUCAUAUUACAUUAGUUAAGUAUGAGGAGACUAGAGAAGUGGAGCGAAGUUUCACUUUCUGGCUUUUUGUUUCUGGAAUGAUUUUUUGGAGUCUUGAUUUACAACAUUCUCA